AUGUGGAAAUAUGUGCACUAGCACAGCACAGGCCUUGGCAAAACUGCAUCAUAUGCAGGGGCUGGACAGCGACUGCUGACAUUUUCCCAUAGGUGAUACGGUGGCAUAUUUUAUGGUUCAGCUGGGGAGCUAUAAGGGAAGGUUCCAGAGAUAUUUCGCUGGCAACGAAUUUUAUGGAUUUUAUCCCGGGAAUUUUAUUGACCAUAACUGAGGCAUAGUAAGGCAAUCGUAAAGAUGGCGGAUAAAGGAAAACUUAUAGAAGAACUAAGGAAGCGACUGGAGGAUGUACCACCAUUAGAAGGGGAGCCGGACUUCGUUAGAUCUGAUGAGACGCUGGUUCGUUUUUUGAAAUCCCGAGAUUGGAAGUUACCAGAGGCAGAGAAGCUGCUUCGAGCGACUGUGGACUGGAGAAGAGAAAGCAAGCCCCUAACGAUGGACUGCAGGUGGUGUCAUGAAAAACCAGGAUUUCAUACAAUGCGCCAGGUGGGAUUCGACGAGUUAGGACGACCAGUGAUGUAUGCCUCCUUCACACAGGCCUCAACUAGGAAGAACUCGGUGGAGGACUCGAUAGCUCAUGUCACCUAUCUUAUAGAGAACGCGAAGAGGACCAUGAGAGAGGGAAUCCACACAUGGGUCUGGGUUAUAGACUGCACAGGCAUAUCUCUGCCCGUGUGUAACCCCCGUUUAGGCUACGGGGUCACCCAGGUGAUGUCCAACUUCUACCCAGAGCGCCUUGGCUUGGUUAUCUGUAUCAACCAUAGCUCAAUGUUCCAAGGAGUCUGGAAAGCUAUCAAAGUGUUCCUGCACCCAAACACAGUCUCGAAAAUGAAAUUGAUACGCUCCAAGAAAAAGAUUAUGGAAACUUUCGAAAAAUAUUUUUCGCAUGAGCUCACCAGGUGGAUAAUUGACGAAAUACAUAUUAACAAACAGCGUCCUCUAUCGCAAAUUCAGAAAGAAUUCUGGAAAGGUCCGAAGGAUCCUUUUGCGCAUGACCCCCGUGGCUGUCCGUCCUAUGUUCAGAAUUACAUUGACACUUUCCCAAUCAUGUGUCGUGAUAACAAGAAUGUGCAUAGACCUCAUCCAAACGUGAUUGACUUUCUCUCGGGUAGGGAUAUAAAAGCGAGCGAUCCUUCGCCCACACUUGCGCAUGAGCAAGCCGCUGGUGCUUGUAGUAACCAUGACGACGUCGACCUUGACCUCGAUGACUCGGACUCUGCCUUUGAAAUUGAAAUUAGUGACGAGUACCAAGUACCAAAAGGUGCUGCACAGAUUCAGUAGCGUUCAGCGCAAUAAUGUACAUAGUGUACAAAUAAUCGUAUAUUUUGGGAGAUUGAAUUAAGGAUGAACACAUCUCAUAAAAGGAAGAAUAUAUAUGUUAAUCAACACUCGAUGACAAAAUGCUCCGGCAUCAGACAUUUGGAUAAUACGGACACCUCUGUCGCACUUUUGCAACACUUUUUUGGUUUCAACUGACCACAUGUAACCCUUUCCGCUCCCAAAAUGCUCAGUUUGCUGAGUUAUUCCUCAUUUACUGCUUCCUCAACGGUGAACAACGCAUUACCCGCCAUUUCAGUUAUGUCACCUGAUUUUUGAUUGGAUAUCGUCUGCACGGGGUCAUCAUCUGCGCGGGAACGGAUACGACAGAACCGUGACCAUGAUGACCAGUGUCGCCUUCCAACAAAUGUGAUGUGGCCAUCGCAAAUAAACUGAUAUUGUUUUGUUUGAAGAAGCAAGGAAGUUUUAUAGAUAAACAGUACCUCCAUGAAGAAGUAACAUCGCGCUAGCGGGUCUCUAUCGGGACGCUAUAUAGAGCUUAGAUGUAUAGGACCAAACUUGAGGCGCUUUGGCCAAACGUUUGUGAGGAAUGUGAACAUGAAUCUCGUUAUUGAAUCAUGAAGUUCGUAACAAAAUCACGAACUUCGUAAUUACAACAGAAAAUGUUUUCAAUUUGAUUCCGAACUUUGUGCUCAUUUCUAGAUAUAAAGGGUGCUUAUAUAGCGGAGUUCAUGUAUUUUUGCUAUCUAUGAAUUUCUGACUGCGUCUAGAUUUGAAUAAUGUGAUAAAAUCUUCUAUAAAGCACGCCAACUUCUGUAUUUUUCUCUAAUUCGGUUGGAAUUUACAACGCGUAAAUGAAAUGAUAUGUUUGUAAAUUGAUAUGUAUUUAUUCGCUUGUCUCUGAUGUAAGGGACUUCGUUAUUGAGGCACAAAGGACUAACAGGUUUAGUUUUUUCCUCAAGGACGGACAGGGAGGUAUGUCGGGACCAUGGAUUUUCUAUUAGAUACCAAAUCAAACGCCCCCGACUGCACUCAUUAAGUCUUUUUUGGCCGCUUAGGGGUAGGGGUGAAAGGUGCCUAAUUUUCUUGCCAAAAUGAUGAGAGAGUAUACCAAGUAGUACCGGUGUAGCGUUUUUGAGUGUCUCCCUCAUUGUUUUGGAACGCUGAAAGAUAGAUCGACUCCUUUUCCUCUGUUGCCCCUUAUCGAAAUGUCAUGGUCUCUCUAGCUUUCGAUUGUCUGCAAACACUAAAAUAUGGGGAACAACCAAAACGUUACACCGGUACUAACCAACUACAAGUAAAAGGUUGAACAGUUUGCACGCGUGUUACCUUAUUUUACUUGUAGACCUUCAUGUUCUGAAAUAUCACGCUGUGAAAGGUCAUUCAUUUGUCUUCCAGUCGAUGUAUGAAAAGAAGGACAAAUCGGAUUUGAGAUCCGUGUGUUGUUUUGAUGAAAUGCGAUUAACGUUGUAUGUGUGAUGUAUAGUCCAUCACCAUGUAUAGAAACAGUUGCAAGCCUUUGAACUGGCUGCAGUAGAUUGCUUUAAAAAUGAAAAAAGAAAUCGUCUGAAAAAAGGUACUUGUAACCGAUAGCGGCAUGAAUAUUAUCAAUGCAAUGCCCUGGUAACCGAUAGAGGCCUAUUAGCCAUCGAUGCUUGAAAAGUUGUUUUAGAUCGAUUGAGCGAACUUCGGGGGAUAUUAGUUGAAGUCGCGGGACCUGUUUUCCGGCGGGAGUCCAAAUUGCAGCCGGCGAAAGAUGGCAGGCCUAAUAUUCUAUAAUCCUUUUAAAGAGGUCAGCGAUUAGGCCUAUGACUUGCAUGCAAGUCAUACUGUAUUUCACCAUGUACGUGAUUUUCAUGAAUAAUAGUACAUUGUUACCAAUCAGCAAUAUAUUUUCAGAAAUAUGAGCUUAACAUUACAACAUUUAUAUUGUUGCGAGAUAUUUUUGUACAUAAGUGGCUUUGGCUCAAGGUGUAACCGUUUAUAAUGUCCUGGUAGAGUGUUCAAGAGUCAAUGGGUUAUAAGUGCUUUUAAUCUCUGAGGUCAACGUUACAGGAUCUUUAUCGAACCAUACCUUAUUCCGUACUAGACAAAGGAGACUAUUCCAGAGAGGACAGUUAAGACUGCUACACCGGUAUAAGGUAGCAUAGAUGCGUCUCAAAUCACAUAAUUUGGAAUGAGAUAAUUUGUUUAAAGUCUUUUUGAAUUGAUAGACCUCAAAUGAAACACGAUGUCAUUUAAAUGUUGAGAAUAGAAAUACAUGUAUUAACCAGUACUCUAACAGAGUGGUUCCCUCUAUUGUCAGAUUUGGGUUGACGAGGGGAGCUGCUGUAAAGUACAAGCUUGUUUACUCAAGUCUGUGUUAGAAAUAUAGUGCCAAUCGUAAAGCUGUAUGAAGUAGUUCCGGUAAAUUUAGCUUCCGGAAAUUGAGGAAUGAUCGCGACAUCUGGACCUUACUCUGUCGCUUCUAUGUAACCAUUACAGUGUACUGUGACCACGAUUCGUCAGUAUAUCAACUCAAAAGAGGGAAAUAAAGCUAUCUUUGAU